AUGAGUUUAAUGAAGCGCAAAUUUAAACCAUACAAGCGAAAAAAUUCGUCGUUGGAGUCGUGGAAAUACGUCCUGAAAGAGUAUUGCAAAAAUACGUCGCUUCACGGUUUCCGCUACAUCGUGUCGAAAGACUCCAACAUCAGCGAAAGGAUCAUCUGGUUUUUGGUCUGCAUCUUCGGACUGGUUUUCGGGAUGACGCUGAUGCUGCUCAUCUGGCAGAGAUUCGUGCAGACGCCCACCGUGACCACCAUAGAAACCACCACCCAUCCGAUCUUCAAUCUCAACUUUCCCGCCGUGACGAUAUGCAAUUACAACAAGGUGUACAAGCCCCGAGCGAUGGAGUUCGGCCGCGAGAUGAGAAAGAAGGGCCUCAACGACACGGAGGUGCUGAACUUCUUCCUGUCGCUGCCCAAACUCAUCAGGCCGGACUUCAUACUGUACGACAAUCGGCGGGCGAUCGACUUUUUGGCCUCGGAGAACGUCACCAUCGAGGACAUCAUGUACAACAUGAUGCAGCCCUGCGAGAAGCUUUUGCUGCGAUGCGCCUGGGAGGGCAAAAUUUACGAUUGCAGUAAAAUUUUCAAGCCCAUCAAGUCGAUCGAGGGCUUCUGUUGCGCUUUCAACUAUCACGUCGAUACUUCGGAAAAUUCGAUUUUCGGCGUGAGAGCCUCGAAGAGAAAAGUCAACGUCAAUCCGGCGGAUAAGAAGAACCUCAGUAGGCAAGAGCCCGGAGUUUUCGAAGUUUUGAACGUACCCGGCGCGGGUCGAGACGUCGGCCUGUCGGUCGUCCUGGACCUCGAGCACGACUCGUACUUCGGCCCGAUCAGGCCGAGCGUCGGCGCCUCGAUCCUCGUGCACGACCCCUUCAUCUAUCCGGAGGUCGAGGUGCUCACGAGCGUCGUCCAGCCGACCCAGGAGACGGCGGUCAUUCUCUCCGGCACCAAGAUGGAGAGCGCCCCCGACGUCCGCAGUCUCGAUCUGACCCGCCGUAAUUGCUGGUUCAACGACGAGAGGAGCCUGAGAAUCAGCUCGGUCUACAGCUAUCAGUCCUGCAUCACCGAGUGCCGCAUCAGAUACAUCAGGAAUUACUGCAACUGCGUGCCGUUCUACUAUCCGAACUAUUAUCGCGAGAGGAUCUGCGAUCUAUCCGAUGUCAAUUGUCAUACGAAGUAUCGAGGAGGUCUAUCGAACUUGAGAUCGAUCAUUGACUUGGCUGCUCAGAAUAACACCCAAGACGUUCCAAAGUGCGAGUGCUUACCCUCCUGCGACGAUAAUUAUUACACGUCCAAUAGCGAAAACGCUUUCAUGGAAAACGUAUCGUUCAACUCGCCGAUUCUGGAGGGAUUGAACGUGAAAAACGUAUCGUUAGCUUCGAUAUAUUUUCACGGUAUAACGUGCUUGAAGUAUAGAAAAGAUUCGUGGAAAUCGUGGGACGAUGUGGUUGCAUCUUUUGGAGGAAUUUUUGGCUUGUGCGUCGGAGGUUCUUUCGUGAGUUUGGUGGAAUUUUUCUACUUCUUUCUUCAUAAAAUAUUUUAUGGCAAGAGUCAGGAGAAUACGCCGAAUUUGAAUAAUUUUACGUUGGGCCAAAAAGAAUUGAAAAUCAUAAAAAUUGAACCAGUCAAGUACUUGUCCGAAUUGAAUUGCAAAAUAAAGUCCAAGAAAAGUAACACGCCACAGCCAUUGAAAAUGGAAGCUCAUGCGAAGUACAAUUUACACGAAGAAUUUAUAAAACAUUUUCAAGGGCAGCCAUGA